AUGUCGGCUGAGGGAGAAAACGACUGGUCCGAUCAUCCUCCUCGCCCUCCCUUGCAGUCUCCAGGCCGCAAGCACUCCAACCCCAUCGCCUCCACCUUCGCCUACUUCACCGACCCGCUGAGCUAUACCGCCACGAGUCUUAUGCGAAGACUGUCUGAAGACGAGGCUCCGACACCUUUGGCUAGAGCAUUGUCUGUCAACUACAACGGCGCAAUGACAGAUCCAACAUUGGGCGUCUGGCACCCUCACGACCCGCCUAAGAGGAAACGGUCGCCGUUCCAGCCACCACCGCUGACGCCUUUAGAGUUGAAGGGUUACAAGGCAGGCACGAGCAGUAAGGCAAAAUUGUUGAGCAAAGUUCUUGCGGAGGAGAUACGGCUAUUGGUGCCUCCGCGACUGCAGCUAUGCGACAGCUGGGAGCUUACAUACUCGUUGGACCAGAAUGGCAGUACACUCUCAACAUUAUACGGCCUGUGUGAUCAAUACAGAGGAAAGAGGGGAGGAUUCGUGCUUGUCGUACGCGACGCAGAACGAGGUGUCUUUGGUGCAUACCUGUCAGAUCCACCAAGGCCUCAGUCACAUUAUUAUGGCUCCGGCGAAUGCUUCCUCUGGCGAGCGAUCAAGCUACCUGCACUACCGGACCUGUCGUCUCUGCCUCCACCUCCGUCCGAGGACACGACGCAUCUCCAGCGUAUGACGACCAUUGGUGCUGCGAAGAACAACUCUUCCUCAGCAUCGCUCGCGUCGCUGAACGUGCCAAACGGCAGGAACGGCCAUACAUCUGGCACAGCAACGCCGGACCGGAUCCGCUUCAAGGCUUUUCCCUAUACCGGCGAGAACGACUUUACCAUGUUCUGCCAACCGGAGUACCUCUCCGUCGGAGGCGGCGACGGUCACUACGGGCUCUGGCUAGACGACAACCUCAACAGAGGCGUCAGUGAGACGUGUCCUACUUUUGGCAACGAAGGUCUGAGCGAUGAGGGGCCGAAGUUUGAUGUUCUUGGUGUUGAGAGUACUCCAGCGAAAACAGUCAAUGCCUCGGGAAAACGCUGCUGUGACAACUCUGGAAUCACCCUCCGCGCCGUCAGGGCACGCAAUACUCCUCAACAGGAGCAUUGGGAUGUACGGCUCCGGAGACUGGUUAAACAAAGGGUCGGAUUGCACCUGGGAACAACGCCUCGAUCACAAUCUUUCGACCUUCUUAAAAUGGAACAAUGUCGCCUUGCGGAAACAAAGCUCUACACUCUCGCACGGGUCAAUUCUUUCACUAGCCUUUGA